AUAGCAACAAAAAUGUUUAUCUUCAUUCCAUGAGGUUAGGAGUUUGAUUAUUCGCUUAUAUUUUUCGAAAUAUCUGGCUUAGAAUGGAAGAAUUAGAAACCCCUCAAAUUAUUACGCAUAUAGAACAUAAUAUUAACCAUUCCAUAUUCGAUACUAAAUGGAUUCCAUGUUCGGCAAAGUUUGUUGUUAUCGGCUCUUUGCCCAAAGGUACAGGCACCUUAGAAGUUUUUGAAAUUACUUCUGGUGAGAUACGUAAAAUAAAAGAAAUAGAGAGGCCGAAUUCUUUUAAAUGUGGAACGUUUGGCGCCAGCAGUGAUGUGGAGAGGAGAUUAGCAACUGGUGAUUUUAAAGGCACUCUAGAAAUAUGGGACUUAGAAAAAAGUUGUCAAGUAUACAUAACAAAGGAACAUACAGAUAUAAUUAAUUCUAUAGAUGGAUUGGGAGGCAAUAUUGUAAAUUGUGGUGCACCAGAAAUAGUAACUGGGAGUCGAGAUGGCACAGUUAAAGUAUGGGAUCCGCGCCAAAGAGGGAAGCCUGUUGCCAACAUGCAGCCUAUGAAGGGCGAAACAAAACGCGAUUGUUGGGCAGUCACUUUUGGAAACUCUUUCAAUGAUGCUGAAAGAAUUGUAGUGGCUGGUUAUGAUAAUGGAGACCUCAAAAUGUUUGAUUUGCGCACCAUGUCACUUAGAUGGGAAUGCAAUUUGAAAAAUGGAGUAUGCAGCACUGAAUUCGAUCGCAAGGAUAUUCCGAUGAAUAAAUUAGUUGCCACAACUUUAGAAGGAAAGUUUCAUGUUUUUGAUGUGAGAACACAGAAUCCUACCAAAGGAUUUGCUCAAGUACUCGAUAACUCAAGCAAAAGUGGGACCAUUUGGGUAGCACGUCACGUUCCUCAGAACAGGGACAUAUUCUUGACUUGCGCUGGCAAUGGUCAAGUUUCUUUGUGGAAAUACGAGUAUCCCGAACACCGCUAUCAGGUUGACCACCAAGGAGUGUCUAGUGGAGUUCCAGGCAAGCUGCGGCGUCUGCAGCGCAUGGUGAUCAGCACUCAGCCAAUCAACGCACUGGACUGGAACCGCGACCAUCUUGGUCUAGCCGUGGCUACCGCCUACGAUCAAUACGUCAGAAUUCUAGUCACUACUAAACUUAACUUGCAAUAGUUUAGUUUUUGCUGAGUUGCUUUCAAGUGCAUAUACAUCUACAUCACGGUAAUGUUAGGAAAACAUCAUGUUUGGAUGAUACAAUAAGACGUUUUCUGUUUGAACUGUGCACAUGUCAAAGUAACAUUCUUGGUAUUCAUUUAAGAAUUUGUUUGUCCAAUGGCCUUACAGUACGUAUUUUUAAAUGUUACUUAAAAAAUAUAUUUAUUAUUUCUAAGUAA